AGAAGAAAAAGAAAGAAGUUAAAAAGAAAAAUUUUGUGACCCACGCAGAUUAAUAAUUGGACCAAAAGCGAAGAGAGAGAAAAGGAAACAUGGGAAAGACAAACUGAUCCUCUCUGCUUGCAGCUGUCGUACAUAUCCAUCUAAGAGUAAAGUGGGUCCAACUCUAAACAUUUCAUAUUUUAGGGACUCAGUUUUAUACUUUCGUUUUAUAAUAGCUUCUAGAGUAGGUGAAGAAGAAGAAGACGAAAGAAAAAAGGAGGAGGAGAUGGAAGGCCUAGAGCAGCAGAACAAGACCAGAGUUGUGAAGGUUGACUCUUUGGAGUCAUGGGACUUCUAUGUUACCCAAGCCACCAAUCAAGGCACCCCUAUUGUCAUACACUUCACUGCUGCAUGGUGCAUACCUUCAGUGGCAAUGAACCCGUUUUUUGAAGAGUUGGCUUCAAGCUUCCCUGAUGUUCUGUUCCUCACAGUUGAUGUCGAUGAGGUUAAGGAGGCAGCAACCAAAUUGGAGAUAAAGGCCAUGCCCACAUUUGUGCUGAUGAAAAAUGGUGCUCCGGUUGACAAGCUUGUUGGUGCCAAUCCAGAAGAGAUAAGGAAAAGGAUAGAUAGUUUUGUUCAGUCCAUUCGUGUGUAUGUUGCCUAGUUAAUGUAUGUAUAUGUAUUUGGUAUUGUAUAUAUUUUGAACAUGUAAAAUAUGUGAUUGUGGUGGUCCAGCAUCAAGACAAAUGAUAAGUUGGUGUGCCUUUUGUGGGUGUGUGAUUUCAAUCUCAUAAGUGUAAAAGUGCUUCCUUCCUUUUAAAUCAAGUUGGCCAUGUUUUUUA